AUGGGGAAAUUACCUAGCUACGCCAAUGCCAACCAACCGUGGACUAAGCGACGAAUUUAUUCCGAAAUAGCCAAACUGUUCGACCCCCUGGGAUUACAUUCGCCAUCCAUCGUUCUCGCCAAGCUGUUGGUGCAGCAGCUGUGGCGCAGCAAGCUAGACUGGGAUGAUCCCAUAGACGAGCAAACUAUUCUUCAGUGGAGCGAGCUGCGGCAAUCGUUUCACUUAGCAAAACAAUCACCGAUAUCACGACAGGUAACUUUUCAUACAGCGGUAUAUUACGAACUUCAUGGAUUCGCGGAUGCUUCAAAUCUAGCGUAUGGAGCGUGUUUGUACAUCAGAAGCAUUUUUCCCGACAACAGAGCGGCAUCGCGUUUGCUUACAAGCAAAUCCAAAGUUACACCACUUCACGACUUGUCAAUCCCACGCAAGGAAUUGUGUGCCGCUUGGUUACUAGUCAUUCUGGUCGACAGGGUAAUUUCCACUAUUAGCAUUGCUUUCAGGCGCAUUACGUUGUGGUCAGACAGCCAGAUUGUUCUGGCCUGGCUACGAAAACAUCCAUGUCAACUGGAGGUAUUUGUGCGCAACCGCACGGCACAGAUAAAGCAGCUCACUCAUGGCUACGAGUGGAGCUACGUUCGUUCUCAACUCAACCCAGCGGAUAUCGUCUCCAGAGGUCAGCUACCGUUCACACUCAGCAAAAAUAAAAUGUGGUGGGACGGUCCUCAAUUUCUUAACGAGCCAAUCAUCACGAUGGAGGCAUGCGAGGAGAUUCCCGAUAGUGAAUUGCCUGAAUUGAAACCUGCGAUAAUAUCAACCAGCGUUAUCAUCGAGCAACAGCUACCAGUUUUUGAAAAGUUUAGUUCAUUCCGAAUGUUACAGAGAGUCAUCGCAUGGGUGCUACGCUACAUCAACAAUUCAAGGAAGCAGAAAUCCGAUCGUGUACUCGACCGGCGUCUUACGACCAACGAGCUUCAUCAAUCACUGCUGGUAAUAGUACGAGUAAUUCAACACACCGAACUAAGAGAUGAAAUUCGACGUCUUCAAUCCAACCUGCCAUGUAUGCAAAUUAGAUCACUCAACCCAAUUUUCACCGACAAUAUUUUACGCGUUGGCGGACGACUCACCAACGCGCAUCUGCCGGACGAAUCGAAACAUCAACUCAUCUUGCCGCAUGCAAGCGCAGUUACGAAGCUGCUCAUACGAACCAUGCACAUUGAACAGCUUCAUGUUGGGCCAGCAGGAUUGUUAGCGGCAAUGAGACAACGCUUCUGGUUGACCAACGCGCGGUUAACAAUUCGAAAUGUGACCGGUUCGUGCGUGCAAUGCUUCAAAACGAAACCAUCCAACCAAAUGCAGCUAAUGGGUGAGCUGCCAAAACAACGUGUAUUUCCUUCACCACCGUUUACCAUCACCGGCGUAGAUUAUGCCGGACCCAUAAUAGUCAAACAAGGAUCCUACCGACCGAAGACAAUCAAGGCAUAUAUUGCUGUGUUCGUGUGCCUCUCAACUAAGGCCGUCCAUUUGGAACUGGUAUCAGAUCUGACGACCGACGCUUUCAUUGCCGCCCUUCAUCGAUUUGUCAGCCGAAGAGGAAUUCCAUCUGAAAUGCAUUCAGACAACGCGACCAAUUUUCAUGGUGCCAAGAAUGAACUGCAUCGUCUUUACGAGCUCUUUCGUCAGGAAAGUGAAGUUGAUCGCAUUGUUCAGUUUUGCCAAACGAAGGAAAUUACGUGGCAUUUCAUUCCACCUGAUGCACCGGAGUUCGGAGGUCUUUGGGAAGCUGCAGUUAAAUCUACAAAGAUGCAUCUGAAACGAGUAAUAGGAAAUGCAGUAUUACCAUUUGAAGAGUUCACGACUACGUUAUGCGAAAUCGAAGCCAUACUAAAUUCUCGCCCGUUGUUUGCAAUUUCCAACGAUCCAGCUGAUCCUGAGGCUAUCACUUCAGCACUGUAA